CAGUUAAAAAACAGUGACUUUGUUUGGACUUAAGUAACAUACUAGUCUUUUCUAUUUUUUUGGUUAUAGAAAGAUAAGGGACACUCUCUCUCUCACUGCAACUGAGAAAGUGAAGUGAAUAGUGGCUGCUAAAGGGAACAACAGAAUGGAGAGAAAGAUUGGAUGUGAGAUGGUGGUGAUUUUGGUGACCCUUUUGCAUAUUUGGUUGCUUUGUGUCACUGCAUCAUCAUUAGAGAACAACAACUAUGAGGAAAAUCUCAGAAGAAACCUUCUUGCUAAUGGCCUUUCUAAAACUCCUCCUAUGGGGUGGAACAGUUGGAAUCAUUUCAACUGUCAAAUUAAUGAAAAAAUCAUCCGAGAAACUGCUGAUGCUCUUGUUUCAACUGGUCUAGCUAAACUUGGAUACACCUAUGUCAACAUAGAUGAUUGUUGGGCUGAAAUUAAUCGCGACGAUAAGGGUAAUCUGGUGGCAAAGAAAUCAACAUUUCCUUCUGGAAUCAAAGCUCUAGCAGAUUAUGUUCACAGCAAGGGUCUUAAGCUUGGAAUUUAUUCAGAUGCAGGGUAUUUUACUUGUAGCAAAAAGAUGCCUGGUUCACUAGGUCAUGAGUUCCAAGAUGCCAAAACUUUUGCAUCAUGGGGCAUUGAUUACUUGAAGUAUGAUAAUUGUUACAAUGAUGAAUCAAAGCCUACUGUAAGGUAUCCUGUUAUGACGCAGGCUUUAAUGAAGACAGGUCGACCAAUCUUCUUUUCGCUAUGUGAAUGGGGAGAUAUGCACCCAGCUAUGUGGGGUGCUAAAGUUGGAAAUAGUUGGAGAACUACUAAUGACAUAAAUGAUUCAUGGGAAAGUAUGAUUUCAAGGGCUGACAUGAAUGAAGUUUAUGCUGAGUUUGCAAGACCUGGUGGCUGGAAUGAUCCUGACAUGCUUGAGGUUGGAAAUGGAGGAAUGACAAAAGAUGAAUACAUUGUUCACUUCAGUUUGUGGGCCAUUUCAAAGGCUCCCCUUCUUCUAGGCUGUGAUGUUAGAAAUGUGACUAAAGAGACUAUGGAUAUAGUCUCUAAUAAGGAAGUUAUUGCAGUUAACCAAGAUUCACUUGGUGUACAAGCUAAAAAGGUUAGAAUGGAAGGUGAUCUUGAGAUAUGGGCAGGUCCUCUGUCAGGAUACAGAGUAGUUGUUGUGUUGCUUAACAGAGGCCCUCAGCAGCAUCUGGCUAUAACAGCCAAUUGGGAUGACAUUGGCAUUCCUCCAAAAAGUGUUGUUCAAGCAAGAGACCUUUGGGAGCACAAGACAUUGGAGAGAUAUUUUGUGGAUAAGUUGAGUGCAACAGUUGAUUCACAUACUUGUAAAAUGUAUGUGCUGAAACCAGUAGCAUGAUGAGUUCUAGAAGACUAGAACACUGUCGGAUUGUAGGUUUUGGAGGCACUGUUGUUAACUGAAAUAAGCUUGUUUAUUUCUGAAUUAAAUAAAAUUCCCAACUUGUAUAUGAUUAGCUUCAUUUCUAUUUAAUAAACAUUGUUCAUCUGCUUCUGUUGAGAACUUAAUUACAGAUUACUGUGAGAAAAUUAACAUUACAACUUACA